AGUGUGAGUCGGGUGUGUGUGAGGCAGCAUGAGGGACAUAGUGAGUGUGAGGGCCCAGGGGCUGCGGGCCAGGAAGCCCGUGAGGAGGGGGGACGUCAUCCUCACCUCUCGACCCUUCUGCACCCUGCUAGACUCCUCCCUCGCCGGCUCCUACUGCGAGUACUGCUUUGGCUCUUCCAGGAAGGACAGGACGUUGAGGCGCUGUAAGACGUGUGGACGGUCGUGGUUCUGUAGUGAACUGUGUCGGGAGCUCGCCCAGCCCUUACACCAGAGGGAGUGUGGGGUCUUCUCCCGCAGGCCGGACUUCCACCCGAAGAACAUGUCUAGGUUCCUCGCAAGGCUCAUCUGGAAGCUUAAGGAUGGAGGGGAGGAAAUUGCAGAGAAAAUUGAUGAGAAAAGGAGUCGCCGGUUUAAGGAUCUUGAGAGCCACAAGAAAGAGUUAAUGACGAGCAAGGAACAUCUCACCAGCCUGGAGGACCUCCUUCCGGACCUCCGCGCCCUCUUGGAAGGAGCUCCCCUUCCCUCUCGCCAACACCUCCUCACCAUCUACGGCAAGGUGUUGGUGAACAGCUUCUGCCUGCUGGACGACCGGCUGACGCCCAUAGGGACGAGCCUGUACCUGGCAGCCUCCAUCUUCGACCACUCCUGCAGCGCCACCGCCUUCGUGUCCUUCCUCGGGAACAAACUGGUCGUCCGCUCACUCGUCGACUGGCCUGACCUCGACUGGACCCGGGUGAGGAUCAGCUACCUGGACGCCAUGAACACGCGGGAAUACCGACAGAGCUACCUCCAGAGUCACUACUUCUUCACCUGCGACUGUCGCCUGUGUAGGGACGACCUUCACCAUUACUCUAUGUCUACCGUGCCCUGUGGGUCUUCCAGCUGUGAGGCUCCUGUCUACCUGGAUGAGACGGCGGACGGGGGCGUGGGACAGUGUGAUGUGUGUGGCUACAGUGACUUCCGUGAUGACCUUCGACAGGAGUACCGCACCGUCGCCGCCUUCACCAGGAAAUGUCUUCAAGACCUCAAUGAGGAGCACCCAGACCUGGAGAUGUGGCGGGAGGUGGUGGCGACGCAGGAGAACGUGUUUCACCCGCUCAAUGUUCUUCGUGCUAAGGCCCUCGACGCCCUCUUGACAGCCACUGUCAACCUGAGAGGCUGGCACUCCGCCUGGGGCCUGGCCAAGCUCAACCAUAGUGCCAUCAGACACUACUACGGGGCCAAGCAUCCUACCUACGGCCUCUUCCUCCUGAAGCUAGCCAAGAUCGAACUCUACAACAUGGACAGUGCUGCGGCUCUCGAGCACCUGGAGGAGGCCGAGGAGAUCCUGGAGGCCGGCCUGGGCUCCAAUCACCCGCUGGUGUACACAGACCUCAUGUGGCUGAUGGUCCAGGCCAGCGAGGAGACCAGAGUCCAGAUACAGAGGUCCCUUAUAUACGGAGAUCUGUGCCCCACAACUAAUCGUGCUAGGAGCUGAGGGCCGCCC